AAGGCACACUUUUCUUUUUGGGUUGCAAACACACACACAAACCUUUGAUCUCAGUCACCAUCCUUACUAGUCACUAGUAAGCAGUAUCGCAACUCAUGCUCUGCGUCUGUCUCCGAUCCAUGCGUUAAGUUAACCCUUUCCGUUGAAAAAAAAAAACAUUUCUCUUUAUUCGUUCAAACAUCAAUGGCUUCCUCAUGCCGCGGCUAUUCCAAAGCCCAAAUGUGCUUCUUCAAGAUUCUCCGCAUAAUUUCAUCUACCCCACCCUCCAAACAAGAAGAAGAAGAACCCUUUCCCAGCAAAGGCGUUGGCAUCGAUUUGAAUCUCAGAUUCUGUUCCGUCACAGAGACCCCGGAAUCCGAAUCUUCAAGAAGCGACGAAAACAACAACGAAGAAGAAGAAGGGUUUCCGGAGAAGAGCGUGGAAGUUUCGGAGAAACUCGACAACAACAACAUUAACGAAGGUAACGAUCAGGAGGAAACGACGUCGUUUAAGGGACGCGAUGGUAAUUGCUUUGAUUUGCUUAUCGAAGCGGCGAGGGUGGUGUCCGGGAAGGACGAGCCGGACUCUGGGGAAGAGAGUGGACUCGGCGGCGAGUUAAAGACUCGGAGGGCUAGUGAAGAGAAACGGAGGGAGAAGUGGGUGGUGGUGGAUUUAUACGGUGACGUUUUGGAGGAGACAGAACCGGUGGUGAGGUCCAAAAGAGGAAGGAACCAGGCGUUGCCGUACCGGUUCAGAGACUCGGUUGUGGAACCGUUGAAACGCGCGACUCGUUCUCAGAGACCGUCGUCAACCGCACACCUCAGUAAACGACUUCUUAGGUCCUCGCCCACAACGUAAAACGCAUGAAUGCAUGAUCAAUGUGUUUCACUGACGCAUAAUCAUCUACUUUCUCCUCCCAAAACUCGUUUGAAGGCAUCAUCAAAGUCAUAUUGGAAAUAUCUUAGACGCGACAUAGAGGAGGAUAAGAGAGUGGGGGAGACAAACAAACAGGGAGUGUGGCUGCGAAAAUGCAUCUGUUUUAGUCUUCGAAUAUUUACUUGUAAUUUAUUUGAUGCGCGAGAACAAUGUAUGCUGUCGGCUUCAAACUUCACACAGGGAAAGACACAAGGUAGAAAAGGAUUUUUAUUUUUUUCUUCUUGGAACUUAAUUGGUUAUUGUGUUAGAACACUUACAAACACAAGGUACGACCCCCCACCCCCACCCCCAAUCUGCUCUAACUUUUGGUUUGAACAGUGCGAAUUGCAGUUUAGGGAAUUGAAUUCAAUGGUCUGUACAUGUCAUGUGAUGUGACGUGACAGAAAUAUGGGGGUUAUGAUUUAUUUCUUUCUUUGCCAAAGUGGGUGUGCCCUGGGUUGAAUUUAGAUGUUUCUAGCAUUUUUCCCCCUCUUUGAUAAAAAUCGUAAUCAUAUAUUACAUCUAAUGAUCUGUAUAGAUUAGUCAAAUUGAUUUAUAGUUAGUUAA